AACAUUUAAUGGCUGCCUUUUACUAUCACAACAAUGAGUUUUGAUUACGUUUGACAUAAAACAAAAACAAUGGCUGAAGGAUAUACAGAUGCUUUUGAAGCACUAGAGGGGUCUGAUUUAAAGUUAGAAACCAGUCCAAGUGCUUCAAAUUCUGGACGAUUUUCAUUCUCUCGUACCAAUAGUACUGGUUCAAAUCCUGCUGGUUGUGCUUCCUCAGCUUCUUCAGCUCAUAAUACAGAUGAUGAAGACAGUGAUAAACCUGCCAUGUCCUAUAAAGACAAAAGACGUGAAGCUCAUACAGUAGCGGAACAAAAACGUCGAGAUAACAUUAAGAAAGGUUAUGAUGAACUACAAAACAUUGUGCCUACGUGUCAUCAGUCAGAUGGACUGGGAUCACAGAAGAUGAGUAAAGCUAAUGUUUUACAAAGAUCUAUUGAGUACAUGCAAUAUUUAGUUAAACAGAAAACUAAACAAGAAGAACAGUUAGAUUCUUUAAGAAAGGAAGUUCUAGCAUUAAAAACUAUGAAAAAGACAUAUGAAGAAAUUGUAAAAACUCAUCAGAAUACGCCAGAGUUAGGACAGAAUCAAGUUUCUGAUGAAGUCAAAUUCCAAGUUUUCCGUCAAGUUAUGGAUGCGUUAUUUAUGUCAUUUGAUGCCAAUAUUUCUGUUUCUAAUUUUGAAGAGUUAACUGUGUCUGUGGUGUCAUGGGUGGAGCGAUUCUGCAAACCCAAGAACAUACAAGAUUUGGUGCUUGGUAUAUUAAGACAGCUCAACUCUACUUUAAAUCAAUGAUGUUGUGAAGCAUUACAGUGGCACUGGAGGCUUGUUAUAUUUUGAAUUGUUUAAAUUGCU